AAAAAAAAGUACAAAAAUAAAAACUCUAUUGUAUCUAAGCCCGUAUUAGAAGAUAAAUUCUUAUGUGUGUGCGUGAAUGUUGUUGGCUUUAGUCGUUUUGUAUUAUAUUUUUUCCUGUCAUAAAAAAACCACAACUGCAAAUUUAAGUUAUAGAUAAUGGGUGCCUCUACAGAACCCUGCCAAACUGUGGCAGUAACAAAAACAAAACUAGACGAAAAACCUCCACUAACAUGGCGGGAAAAACUGGAAAAAAUCAGAAGAAAUAUAACUGUAGAGCCAGUUGUGGCGGCGUAUAUUAUGCCGAGUGUGCUCUCAAAUUUGGCAACGCAAAAUUUAAAUUUGGAAAAAGCCUGCCGUGUAAAUAUGGACUAUGGUGAUGUGAUCUGUGAUGCAUUGACAAGAAGAGAGACAGCGAAUUAUACGAUGGAAGAAGAAACCAUUCAAAAAAUGGUAGCUCACAUGGUGGCCUGGAAAACUGUGAUACAAUCUCUGUUCCCCUGCUUGCUGAUAUUGUUUUGGGGUUCGUGGAGUGAUAGACAUCAUCGGAGAAAACCGUGCAUUAUGAUACCCAUAGUGGGCGAAUUCUUAGGCACUGUAGGUCUGAUGUUGUGUGUAUAUUUCAAAGAUACUCCCAUGGAGGUGGCUGGUCUAACAGAAGCCAUAUUUCCCUCGCUAAGUGGUGGUUGGUUUGUAAUGCUAAUGGGGGUCUUCAGUUAUAUAGCAGACAUUACCACCGAAGAGGAGAGAACACUGAGAAUUGGCAUCUUGAAUGUCUGCUUUUCGGUGGGCGUGCCCAUAGGUACAGCUCUCAGUGGGGUGUUGCUGAAAAAAAUUGGUUUUUAUGGCGUUUUCUCCAUAUCGGCCAGUUUGUAUGUUUUCUCCCUGGUGUAUGGUUUCUUCUUUUUACCCGAACCCCGUCCUCGUUGCGUACAACCUGAAACAAAAGAGAAACCUAAAAGCUUACUAGCCGACUUUUUCGAUAAGGAGCAUGUAGUGGAAACAUUCCGCGUGGCUUUCAAAAAGGGUGAAAACAAAAGAAGAGAACGUGUUAUUUUACUCAUGAUUGUGGUGAUGGUGGUCAUAGGACCCAUUUAUGGUGAAAUGAAUGUCAUGUAUUUGUUUACUCGUUAUCGUUUCAAUUGGAAUGAGGUGGAUUUCAGUGUCUUUAACACAUUUGCUGUGGUAACGGGAUUAGUAGGUGUCCUGUUUUGUGUGGGCAUUUUAUCGCACAAACUCAAAAUUGACGAUGCUCUUAUUGGUGUUCUAUCCAGUACUUCAAAGAUUCUCUCGGGCUUUGUUUAUGCCUUUGCCACAUUGCCCUGGCAUAUGUAUGUGGGCGCUAUAGUGGAGAUUUUUAAUGGUACCUCAUUUAUAGCCAUGCGUUCUAUGGCCACCAAACUGGUGUCCAAAGAUGAAUUGGGCAAAGUAAACUCAUUGUUUGGAGUGGCCGAAGCUUUAAUGCCAGUGGUGUAUGCUCCCAUGUAUAGUACGCUAUAUGCUGCCACUAUAAAAGUAUUUCCAGGAGCAUUUUAUAUUCUAGGAGGCGGUAUAACUGUAUUGGCUGUGUUAAUAUUUUUCUGGAUGUACAAUUUCCAAUGUCAACUGAAUCGCAAACUAAAACAAACCGAUCAAGAGUCCCCUAAAGAUACCAAUGGCAACAUCAGUACCAUCGACGCCAUUGCCUUGGCCUCCGAGGCAAGGGGCCAUUUAAAUGGCAUCGUUACGAACGCUUUGCACGAACACAUUUGCGAUCACAAUUGCCAGGCAGACAAUUGUGUGCGGGCGAGCAGCAAUGGUCUGGACAAUAAAGCCUUUAUGCCCGAUGUGAUCGAUAAUGGGGAUGUAAAGUCAGAACACAAUACGCAUUUGUAAUUUUAGGUUGUUUUUUUUUAUUUUAAUUUUUCUAUGAGAAAAAUUCAUAGAAAUUGAAAAAUUAAAGUGAUACAAGUAUUGUUUUUUUAUGUUUAAUUUUGUUAAUAUAAUGUUAAAGUUAAAUAAAUAAUAAAAAUAGAUUUUAAAUGAA